AUGUCCCCGCCGGGCGCCGUCCCGCAGCCCCCGCGCAGCCCCGCCGAGCUGCGCAAGACACUCAAGCCCCUCCUGGAGAAACGCCGCCGUGCCCGCAUCAACGAGAGCCUCAAUCAGCUCAAAACGCUCAUCCUGCCGCUCGUCUGUAAGGACAGCUCCCUGUACUCCAAGCUGGAGAAGGCGGACAUCCUGGAGAUGACCGUGCAGUUCCUGAGGGAGGUGCCGGCCGCGUCCUCGGCCCCAGAGCCCUCUGAGAGUUUCCGCGCCGGGUACCGCGCCUGCCUGGCCCGCCUGGGCGCUCUGUUGGCCCCCGCUCCGCCGCUCUCCCCUCGCCACCGCCUCCCGGAGCCUCCACCGUCCGCCCGCCCCAAGGCGGCCCCGCCGCCUCACGCCGUCCCGCUCCGCGCCCCCACCACCCCACUCUGGCGGCCCUGGUAG